UAUUCGGUAGUUCAGCUUUGCACCGUUUAGUACUGAAUAUAGUUUAAUACAUAACAAUACCUCAAAAUGUCUACCCAUAACAAACAUAAACCCAAAUUACCAAAAUCGGUAUUGGACAUGAAAUUCAUGAAGAAGACCAAGGAUAGAAUCGAGAAAGAAAUAGCCAAUACACAGGGCCAUGAUGAUUUAUAUUCCAACAUUAUAACUGAUGAAAUGAGACACGCUACUGGUAAUUUCAUUUCCGAAUCCAGUUUUAUAUUUUGCGACGAUUUAAUGGAGGGUAGGUUAUCUUUUAAGGGAAUGAAUCCAGAGAUUGAGCGAAUCAUGGUGCUAGAAGCCGUGCAGGCGGAGCCUGCGCAGGAGAUGGAGAAGGAUGUGUCGGACGAGAUUCUAGCCAAGAAAAUGAACGCCUUCAAGAGAUCAAGAUCACCAAUAGAGAGCAAGUACUCCGUGAAAAGGAAAAAGUAACUAAAUGUCACUUCAAACACCAGCCGGGUCUGUUCAUGAGAUGUAUACCUACUUAGUACUGAUAAUGGUUUUACUAGAUGAAAAAAGAAAAUUUAAUUUGUAUAAAAUUUGUAUUUACUGUUUGGAUAAUAAUAUAAAUCAGUCAAGGAGACUGAGAAUCAAUACUUACUUGCAUAUUCAAAUAAAUUAAUAUUUUAGUCAGUCGUAAUUAAAAUUUUUGAUUUUAUGGAAAACUAUUGAAUUCACUUAGGUUUGAAAAAUAAAUACAUACUUUUGGAAGGAAAGGCACACAAUGGCAAACAUUUUAAAUGUCUUCUCUAGAUUUAUGUUUAACAGCAGUAAUUUCUAGUAUUUCACACAGGCUAACCAUAAUCUAGGAUAUGUUUGUAUGUACAGAUUUAGUUAAGUUAGGUACUUACAUGAUUUGUUAAGAUUAAAUAAAGUAUAUAAAUUGAA